AUGAUUGAUGAUGAGUUAAUGGAAAAACGUAUUGAAUUACGACAAAAACUUAAAAGUAAAUUAUUAACAUUAUCACCAUCAUAUCAUGUGUUGAAUUCAUUUAAUAAUUUCAUACCAACUUCACGUGACAUAGAGUUUAUGGAAAAGCAAGGUCUGGAUUGUGUUAUGAAUUAUUUAAUUCACGAUAAUUCCAUAGAAUAUCAUGAGCAACAAAUUCCUAAUGUUUGUUCAAAUUGUCAAAUAGAUUUAACUGAAAAUUGGUGGUAUUCAUUAUCAAAUUAUAAGCAAUUGAUCUAUCUGUGUGAUUUAUGUGAACAGAAUCGAAUUCGAAAUUUCAUUCUUGAACAACAUCGUCAAUCAAUGAAAUCAGCUUUUUUAAAAGCCAAAGAAAAUGAACGUCGUUUAGAAGUGGAUUAUCAAAAGCAAAAGCAAAAUAAAUCAAAUCAAUAA